UGCUUCCCACUUCCGCCCCCUCUGCCAGCCAUUGGAACUAGCAAAACCGAACAAGUUGCGGCCGCCGAGCAGCCGGCGCUCCCCGCCUCCUCAUCCUCUCCUCCUUCUUCUCCUUGCCUGGCCGCCGACGUCGCCGCCAUCCCGAGGCCUCGCGACCGCCGAGCCCGCAGCCCACGCCACGGCCGACAUGAGCUUCUUGUUUGGUAGUCGCUCCUCUAAAACGUUUAAACCAAAGAAGAACAUACCAGAGGGUUCUCACCAGUAUGAGCUCUUAAAGCAUGCAGAGGCCACACUGGGCAGUGGAAACCUCCGGAUGGCUGUCAUGCUUCCUGAGGGGGAAGAUCUAAAUGAGUGGGUUGCAGUGAACACUGUAGAUUUCUUCAAUCAGAUCAACAUGCUUUAUGGAACAAUCACAGAUUUUUGUACAGAAGAAAGUUGUCCAGUGAUGUCAGCUGGCCCAAAAUAUGAGUAUCAUUGGGCAGAUGGAACAAACAUAAAGAAGCCUAUUAAGUGCUCUGCACCAAAGUACAUUGAUUACCUGAUGACUUGGGUUCAGGACCAGUUGGAUGAUGAGACAUUAUUUCCAUCAAAAAUUGGUGUCCCGUUUCCGAAGAAUUUCAUGUCUGUGGCAAAAACUAUACUCAAACGCCUCUUUAGGGUUUAUGCUCACAUUUAUCAUCAGCAUUUUGACCCUGUGAUCCAGCUUCAGGAGGAAGCACAUCUCAAUACAUCUUUCAAGCACUUUAUUUUUUUUGUCCAGGAAUUCAACCUUAUUGACAGAAGAGAACUUGCACCACUCCAGGAACUGAUUGAAAAACUCACCUCAAAGGACAGAUAAAAGGAUGCAGAUGUGUGCAAAUUAUUCCUCAAAUGAAGCUGUGUGGAGUAUAUUUGGAUUUUGUUUUAUUUUAUUUUUAUCUUGGUUGUUUUUAUGUUAGGUUUGGGGGGCUUGUUUGGGUUCCUUUUUCUUUAUUCUGAAUAAAUGAAACCAUAUACUAUUGCUAGAGGAAGGCAAGAACCAUUCUCUAUUCAUUUGAUAGGGGUAAAUUUUGUCUUAGUGGCAUACAAUAUUUUUUUUAACUUGGGGAAUUUUUGAUAAUACUAUAUGUUGAAAGAAAUGCUUAUUGAUUGGACUGCUGAUGGAUGGGUGUUCUCCAUUGUGUAAAUUGUGGUUGAUUUUUGAAGUCCCCAAAAGUCUUAUGUUUUUAAGUGCCUUGGCAGGCUCAUUUCUGAGGUGCAAAGCACAGACAGAACUGAACAGGGCUUGAAACAAUAUUAGGAUUACUACCCAGGGCACUUACUGAUGCAUGUUUCAAAAUACCUAUUGAUAAAAGCCAUAAUUUACCUAAAUUGGUGAUCUCCAGCUUUUACUACAUUAAAGAAACACAGUUUGUAAAGGUGUGCAUGU